CGUGACGCCGCCGGGUCCUGCGCGGCCACCGUCGGGUAAGAUGGCGGCGGAGAGCAGCGACAGCGAGGAGGAGGACUUGGUGAGCUAUGGCAGCCCGCUGCAGCCGCUGCAGGAGGGUGAACGAAUUAAGAAGCCAGUUCCUCUUCAAGAACAGACUGUUAAAGAUGCAAAGGGACGAUACCAGCGUUUCCAUGGCGCAUUUACUGGUGGCUUUUCUGCUGGUUACUUUAACACUGUUGGUACAAAGGAAGGAUGGACACCUUCAGCUUUUGUAUCAUCACGGCAGAAAAGAGCAGGUAGAACCAUUCUUGGACCAGAAGAUUUCAUGGAUGAAGAGGAUCUUAGUGAAUUUGGGAUAGCACCAAAAGAUAUUACAACUACAGAUGAUUUUGCAUCUAAAAGUAAAGACAGAAUAAAGGAGAAGGCUAGACAGAUUGCAGGAGUGGUUGCUCCCAUUCCAGGAACCACUGCAUUUGAUGAUUUAAUAGGACCAUCUAAAAUAACAAUUGGGGUUGAACUGUUACGGAAAAUGGGCUGGAAAGAAGGACAAGGAAUUGGACCACGAGUCAAAAGAAAGCCAUGCAGGCAGAAACCUGAUCCUACAGUGAAAAUAUAUGGCUGUGCGUUACCACCUGGACUGUCUGAGGGUUCUGAGGAUGAAGAGGAUGAAUACCAGCCAGAGAAUGUGACAUUUGCACCCAAAGAUGUAAUGCCUGUAGACUUAACUCCAAAAGAGAAUGUCCAUGGACUUGGCUAUAAGGGUUUGGACCCCUCACAAGCUUUGUUUGGUGUAUCUGGAAGAGAACACCUGAAUCUUUUCACAGAUGGUUCUGAAGAAACAAGCAAUUUACUUGGUGAUCUGAGACACAGUAAAGGAAGAAAACUAGGUAUUACAGGUCAGGCUUUUGGUGUAGGAGCUUUAGAGGAAGAAGAUGAUGAUAUUUAUGCAACUGACACCCUGUCAAAAUAUGAUACAGUUCUAAAGGAUGAGGAACCUGGAGAUGGCUUGUAUGGCUGGACAGCACCAAAACAGUAUAAAUCCAAACAAAGGCCUGAAAGAGAAUUUAAAUAUAUAGGUAAAGUCCUGGCUGGUUUUUCCUUGGCAUCAAAAUCAUCAGCUCCAAUCAAGGUUUAUCCACCACCUAGCCUGCCACGAAAUUACAGACCAGUCCAUUACUUUCGACCUGUGAUAACAGCAGGGAAUGAAAACUUACAGAAGGCAUUGCAGGAGUCAGCUGGGAAACUUGAGAGUGAUGCAGCACACCAAAGCAGGCAUGCUUUGAAUGCAGCUCAGAGGAGGGAGCAGCUAGGAGAGGCUGAGCUGAAAGGUCCAGCUCCUUCUAUUUUGGAAUAUCUGUCUGAGAAAGAUAGAGAAAGACUCAAAGAAGUGAAACAAGCAUCUGAACAAAAAAUGAAAGCAAACAUAGUGUCUCAGCAGCCACCAAAUAGCAGAUUCCAGUCAGCCUCCCCAGAAAAUGCUGCUCACAAAUGGCAAAUGCUGCUGGGGGGACAGUUAGCAAGUGCUGCAGAGCAGUUAGCAAAUGCUGGUUCUAGUGACUUCAAACCAUUUGCAAAAAAUCCAGAAAAACAAAAAAGAUACGAAAAAUUUGUGAAAAGUCUUAAACAAGGAGAAAAAGCAGAGACAUUGGAGCGCUUUUUAGACCCAAAUAUGACAGAAUGGGAGCGGGGCAGAGAACAGGAGGAGUUCUUCCGUGCAGCAAUGUUCUACAGAUCCUCAAAUUCAACACUCUCAUCCAGAUUUACCCGGGCCAAGUACGAAGAUGAUGUUGACAAAGUUGAAGUUCCUCGAGACCAAGAGAAUGAUAUUGAUGAUAAGGAAACAGCUGUGAAAAUGAAGAUGUUUGGCAAACUCACAAGAGACAACUUUGAAUGGCAUCCUGAUAAGCUGCUGUGCAAAAGAUUUAAUGUUCGAGAUCCAUAUCCUGAUUCUUCAAUAGUGGGUUUACCUAAAGUGAAACGAGACAAAUAUUCUGUUUUUAAUUUCUUAACUGUGACUGAGCCUACCACAUCUGCAUCUCAAGCUACAAAUGAAAAGAUCCAAGAGAAACCAAAGAAAUCUUCAAGGUGGGAUGUGUCAGAUAAAGAGAAGGAGAAGAAAGAUUCAAUCAGUGAAUUCAUUAGUCUUGCUAGAUCAAAAGCUGAUGUUCAGAAGCAGCCACCACUGCCAGCAAAAGAAGAAUGUGGAACUGGGACAACUGAAACUCUUCCCACUGUGCAGGUAGCUGAUGAAGAUAAGAAUCAGGAGGAAGAAAGCAGACGACCACCCAUGGACUUAUUUAAAGCCAUCUUUGUGAGCUCCUCAGAUGAAAAAUCAUCUUCCUCUGAAGAGGAGAGUGAUGAAGAACAGCAACCAACUACUUCAGAAAGAGAGUCAGAAACCACCAAGCAAGCUGAUGUACCAGACAGUUCUUCCUCUAAUUUACAAGAGAGUGUGACUGCUACAACUGAUUCUGGCAUUUCUUCAUUGCCUACUUCAAAGGAGGAACUGGAUACAGCAGAGGAAUUCGGACCAAAGUUGCCACCAGCUUUUUCUCCUGGCACUAAUUGGCAACAACAAACAGUGGUGCCAGCAACUUUUCCUAGGCCUAGCAGGAAAGAAAAACAUAGGAAAAUCAGAGAGAGGCACAAGACUAAGAAAGAACGCAAACGCAAAAAGGAAAAGAAAAAUCCAAGUCUUUCACAAGGAGAUAAGAGUCUGUUCUUUCUACAGAAAAAGAAGCAUAAGAAGCAGAAAAGCAAAGGAAAACACAAGAAUAAAAAAUCAGAAAAGGACAGCAGCAGCUCAGACACUACAGAUAGCAGUGACAGCCUCAGUGAUAUGGAUACCACAGGCUUGUCCCCUAAAGAACUUCUAAGAAGAAACAUUGUCUGCCUGCUAAGACUGGAAUGGGCAGGUAUCAGUUGGCAUUUGAAAGGGCUCUGCGUUCCAUUCCUUUGGAACUGAGUGGCAGUUAAGUAUUGGUGUUUUCAUAUUAAAAAAACAAACUACUACUUGGAUUUCAGAAUAGCUAAAAUGUUUUACGCAUUUUGCACAAAAUAGAUUUCUUUGUACAAGGAGUUGUUUUGGAAUCUUCACAUUUUCAUGUCUCUCAUCAUUGAGAAAAUGUUUUUAUGUAAUACAACUCAGAUCUCUCUCUGAAACAAAGGUUUAAGAAACUGCUUGAGUAAUAAAAUGUUCCAAAUGUG